ACCGUUUCCUUAUUUUCAUGGCUGGCGACUGGCGUGCCCGUGUUUCAUUGGGGUCGCAGGGGAGUGAUGCAACUACCGUCGUAGAAGAUUUGAACUAAUGCUCAUUAUUACCCAUGUUAGCGUCGUCUUGUGUAGCGGGAAAUCCACUUGGCAAAUGCGCGCCUAUAAAUUUACGAAAGAGAAACUGCUCUGCACUCGGCUUCACCUGCUCUCAAUUUCACUGUCGUUCUCGAAAUGGAACCUUCGAAAUCUUUAGCGAUAACAGUUUCGCCUCCCUCAGAAAGCUUAGCUCUUCCUCCUCCAGAAUCUGAAUUUCAGCUUUCAAAUCUCAUUUACGAUGUCUCUCAACAGGUGCAAGAAGCAAUGAGUAACAUGCUUAAGAUGAUAAAUGAAAUAGAUCAAAACUCUGCUGGGAUAGUGGAGGAGAUAGAGAAGUGCAAAGAAUCUGCCAAUGAGAAGAAGAAACUAUUAGAUGAAGAGAAGGAACACUUCCAGAGAGCUGCAUAUACUGUUUUAGAUAUGCUCAACAACAGGGAUGUCAGCUAAAAGCUGUCAGCAGAUCCUGCAAAUUUGGGCACAGUUAGAGUUGAUAUCUCAGAAAGGAAUUGGAAUGAACUUGUGAGAAAGGAGCUAUCAUACCACU